AAAUAGCAUAAAUGCCAUUGGUCUUUUCCCCUAUCUGCUGAUGUACAGUACGGAGGUGUUACAUGGGUGUUUUUAGCUUUUUUUCCACGUAAUUUUUAUAAUCGCAUUUAUCACUUUAUGUAGUUAUUGCUCAAUCGACCUAUACUGCACAUUUUGAACUAGCGGCUUUUAUCAUCAACUGGGUACCAUAAGCUAACUUUGACUAGCUGCAUUCGCGACAGCUGUUUUCUUUAUAGUAAUAUUAAAAUGGGUGAGGAAAUUAACAGUAACCCAGUUAACGCCGGCGACGGACCCGCGAUUGACACCGGUGGUGAGGAAAAAUCCAAAUUGCUAGAAGAUGAUGUCAAGUAUUACACAUUAGAAGAUAUUAGAGUUCAUAACAUGAGCACUGACACCUGGCUCAUCAUCCACGAUAAAGUUUAUGACAUCACGAGUUUCAUCGAAGAGCAUCCAGGCGGUGAAGAGGUUUUGUUGGAGCAGGCAGGUUCAGAUGCAACAGAGAGCUUUGAGGAUGUGGGUCACUCUACAGAUGCCAGAGAGAUGCUGCAGCAGUUCUACAUUGGGGAGCUUCACAUGGAUGACAGAAGAAAGGAAAAUGCAAUGGACAUCCAUGUUACAGAUUCACCAGAGUCAAGCAACUCCUGGACCACAUGGUUGAUACCAGCCAUUGCUGCGACCGUCAUUGGUGUCUUGUAUCGCUUCUAUGCCUCAUCUUGAGUGCUGACAUUCCCAUCUCACUUCAUCCUUUUUCUUUUCAUCUGGAGGCCUUGAGAUGUUUGACCAAAACCAGCUUACACAGUUUUCCCCGUCGGGCCGUCUGUUUCCUUGGCUACGAGGCAGUUUGAUUAAAUGUUUGCGUCCUCGUCUCAGUCGACAUCCAUCGACUCCACCACACAGGCAGUCGGACAGAAACUUUAUUAAAUGCCUCCAGCUUCUUUAUUUCAUUGCCUUUUGUCUGUACUUGUAAUUGUCUUAACUAUGCAUCUACUUGACCCACUUGGUCAGUUCGUUAUCCACCCCAAUUAGAAAGUCCAUACUGGAUAAAAAAAAGCAUGAAGCUUGUUGAUUGGAUUUAAUUCUUGUAAUUUGACUGAAGAUGCAGUUUUUCCUCAGUUGUAUUUCAGAGCACUAAUUGUUACUGCUACAUCAACCAAGUGCAAAACUACGGUGUCAGGCAGCACUUGAUUGCAUUCAUCACUCUUGUUUAUGCAUAGCCUGCAGUCAUUGGCAUUAUACAUCAUAGGAAUUCUGCUGAAAAUAAUGGUAAAUGAUAUUGCAAAUCAAGGUAGAAUAUAAUGUGAUAUGAGUAUAACCUGCUCUAUUGUGUCGUUGGGAUUGUAUGGAUAACGAGUAUAACGUAUAUAAUAAAACAAUCUUUUACUAUUUCAAUAUUGAACUGGAAAGGAUGUCGUGUUGUUAAUUAAGCCAUAUUUUCAAAAUUUUUGGCGAUUAGUAAACUGGCAACUACUAAGUUAAAUAAAAAUGUGAUUGACUUCAAUCUGCUAACUGGGGGACUUAAAAGGAUGUAUUUUCAUGUAAAAUGGGUUAAAAUGUCUUGUCAUCUUAAUCAGUUCUGCAUAGUGGCAUCACCCAUUGUAUUAGAUUUUCAUUAUGUCCAUGGCUAUCAUUUUAUUUAAUGCUACUACUUUAUAUUGCGUUUUCUGCUAUGCUGCAAUUGAAGACCCAUUAUCUGCCUCUCAAUUCACAACAAAUUAACAACCAUUAACUUGCCGCUGUAUUUACAUGAACAUAAUGCUCCUUGCUUCAGGCGUCCACAUUUAUUGUGCUGACAGCUGCAACCCCAUGUUAUUAAAAGCCUGAUUGAAAUAAAUAUUUCAAAAACCUAAAUGGCUUCUCUAUUUUUGUGAAUAAAGAGGGAUAAAGUGGUGCCUUUGACCACCCAAGAGUGGGUUGUCAUGACUCUAUGCUUGCAGUCAGUUAAUAUUUAAGUGGUUUUACCAAUGAAACAUCCUCAAUUCCAGUGUAACAAUCAACUAUUAACUUGUAGGAGAUAAGAACUUUUAUUACCUUACAGGAAGUUCAAAUGAAGUUACUGUGUUUUUCACUUUGAAAUAUUUGGUUAAAUUAGCUGAAGUCACCCUGCAGCGUAUUGGUAAAUACAGUACAUCAUAAACAUGCAGUAUAGGUGCAGGCCUGGCAAAGCAUCUCCUGGGUGAACUUGGAU